UGCCGCCGGCCCCGCCGCGCCCGCCAACCCCGCCGCGGAGCCCCGGCCCGGCUCCGGGCCGCCGCCACCACGCCGCGCGCCGUACUCCGCGUCAAGAAUGGGGCGGCCAAGCUGCCCAAGCCGCCCGCCGCCGCCGCCGCCGCGGCCGAGGCUCCCGGAGCGGGCGCGGGCAUGGAGCGCUCGCAGAGCCGCCUCAGCCUGUCCGCCUCCUUCGAGGCGCUCGCCAUCUACUUCCCGUGCAUGAACUCCUUCGACGACGAGGACGCGGGAGACAGCCGGAGGCUGAAGGGGGCCAUCCAGAGGAGCACAGAGACAGGCCUGGCCGUGGAGAUGCCCAGCCGGACAUUGCGCCAGGCCAGCCACGAGUCCAUCGAGGACAGCAUGAACAGCUAUGGCUCUGAGGGCAACCUUAACUAUGGGGGAGUUUGCCUGGCAUCGGAUGCCCAGUUCAGUGAUUUCCUGGGAAGUAUGGGGCCAGCACAGUUUGUGGGCCGCCAGACUUUGGCUACUACACCCAUGGGAGAUGUGGAGAUUGGCUUGCAGGAGCGGAAUGGUCAACUGGAAGUGGACAUCAUCCAGGCUCGGGGACUGACUGCCAAGCCAGGCUCCAAGACACUGCCAGCUGCCUACAUCAAGGCCUAUCUGCUAGAGAAUGGGGUCUGCAUUGCCAAGAAGAAGACCAAAGUCGCUCGCAAGUCGCUGGACCCGCUGUACAACCAGGUGCUGCUGUUUCCUGAGAGUCCGCAGGGCAAAGUCCUGCAGGUGAUCGUGUGGGGAAACUAUGGACGAAUGGAGCGGAAGCAGUUCAUGGGUGUGGCCCGCGUGCUGCUGGAGGAGCUGGACUUGACCACCCUGGCUGUGGGCUGGUACAAGCUCUUCCCCACCUCCUCCAUGGUGGACCCGGCCACAGGUCCCCUGCUGCGGCAGGCAUCACAGCUGUCCCUUGAGAGCACCGUCGGGCCCUGCGGCGAGCGAUCUUAGUGCCAGGGAUGGGGAGGGGCCCCCCAGAUGGCCUGGAGACCACCCAGCCCCGACCUGGGACCCCAGGCCCAGGGGCACAUUAUAAAGAGGAGUAGGGGGUUCUCCCCCGUAGCGGGGAAGCAGAAUGGGGAGACCUGCCCCCCUGAGCCCUUCCUCACCUCUUUGCCUCCUACCCCCUCAGACCUUCCCUCUCCCACGGGUUGGCUGCACUUUUGACUUGGCCAGUUGUAACCUGGUAGAUGUGGCUGCACUAGGAGAAAGUGAGGUGGCAGAGCAAACUACCCACCUGUCCAAACGCUGUCCCACCCGUCCCCAUUUUGCCUCCUCGGAAGCUUGCUGCCCGGAGCCAAGUCCAGAACCCAGCCGGCCAUCUCCAUGGUGCCAAUUACCAGCAAGUGUCUUUCCUGCGGCACCGGGUUCAGGCAGCUACUCCUGCCCCAGAGCUGAGGGGCAGCUUUGCAAGGAUCCGGAGCCAGCUCCCAGGGCCCAGAGCCCUCCAGUGGAUGAGGAGCUCGGGCCUCCCUCUGCCUGCCCGAGGAAGGAGCUUCGCCGCAGCCUGUCUGAGUUCAUCUAUCCAUCCCCUCCUGCCUGCCCCUCUUCUGGUGGCUCUAGGAAUUGGGGGCCAGCUGGGACCAAAGGAGAGAAAGAGGUGCCUGGGGUGGGCCAGGGUGCUUGCUCCGUGGGAUUGCAGUAGGUCAGACUGUGGCUGAAUUAGAAAGAACAUUGUCCUCUGUGUUUUGGUGGAAGAACAGCAAGACCCUGAGUUUCCAGAACCCUGUGACCAGGGAAUUCACCAUCUCGGCAUUUAGGGGUACUCAGGGAAGAGGGAACCGAGGAAAGCUGGGCCUGGGACUGUGGUGUCCAGAACCCCUUCUUGUUAGAGAUCAAAGGUCAUCUUGUCUCCCCAUUUGCCUCCGGGCUAAGGGUCAGGGAGGACAGUAGAGCCACCCUACUUUAGUCUUUAAAUAAACUGUCUCUUCUAAGGGCAGGACUCCCCACCUGGCCUCGGUCACCUGGCUCCAGGGAAGAAGGUGGUAGGAAGGGGUACGGAGUUAGAGGUCAACAUCGAGGCCUGAAGCUGCCUUCUCUGCGGCCUUCCCUGGGCCUGCGGGAACCCUUUGCACGUGAGGGAGGACCAGGCUGGCCCCUCUUUAUAGAAGCACAUUUCUGCCACCUCCCCGGGAGGCAUCCAGCAGCCUGCCAGUCCCCUUCACCUAGUCCCUGCUGUGUAGGGCGUAGUCCAGGUUAGCUGAGUAGACUUAGUAUUCACAUCCUGGGGCCUGUUCUUAGCUCGGAGUAGUCUUCACAGAGUCCUAGCCUGGAGAUGGAGAGGAGACCCGAGUACAUUCCAGGAGACCAUGUCUCCUUGCUGGCCUGGGCCUGGGUCAGCCACCUGGUUCCCCGGAGGCCAGUAGCCCCUCUCCUCCUCCCUCCUCCCCUUGAGACCCUCCCUUGUAGGGUUGUAGCCGGAGCUGUCCAUUAUACUCAGCUCAGCAUUCUGAUUUAUUAACCUCGGUUCUCAUUUUCUUUAUGAGAUGCGUCUGAGGCUUGCUGGGCCUUGGUGGAGGGCCUGGUUCCUGCAGACUGAGGACCCUGGGCUGUACUUGGUCACACCUUGUACCUGGUUCCACCAGGGAUUCCUUUCAUUUGGAAAUCCUCCCCGCUUCUUAGCCUGGUUAAGCCAUGGGUGUCCUCUAAAGUUAAGUUCUGUCACCUCCAUGGGACUCUGGACAGUGCAGUGGGAAGGAGAAAUGGAGACGCUGCUCUCCUUCACGUCUGCAGAGCUUCCCAGCACCAUGGAGGGGGAACCCUAAGGCGGGAUGGUGGAGGGCUCUGGGUUCCAGGCUCCAGGUGGACACCUAUCCAAGGCCCACAGUGAACAACUCUUCCCGCCUCACUUUUUUUUAACCAGUGUGAUUUCUCUGCUGUUCAUUUAUUACUCGCUGUAUGGGAUGGUUUGAACCAGUAGGAGAGUGGCUUCUCUCUCCAGCUGUCUGUCACUGCUGUGCUUCUUCAGGGGUCACUUUUCAAAGUCUGGGCAGGGCCUGGCUGUCCCAGCCAGAGGGGUAGGGGCUCAGCACUGACUUGUCCUUCCAGCCUGAGCCAUCUCUCCAUUGUCUGCUCAGGUUAGAGGCAGAGAGAAAAGAAAAAGACACAGAAAGGGAGGGGAGGGGAAAGGGGGGGAGGGAAGGGGAGAGAGAGAGAGAGAGAGAGAGAGAGAGAGAGAGAGAGGCAUGAGAGAGCUCCGAAGCAAUAACAACACCCUGGGGGUGGCCAGCAAGGCCCCCUCAAUGACUUUCUUGUUCUGUGAAAUCUCGCUCACCUCCUGGAGGGGUGGGGUGGGGGCUAGAGCCCUGUUUAUUCGUAUCAUCGUUGUGAGCACGUGCCCCCUAGAAGGGGCUGUGACCAUUCGGUGUAGGACCUACCAUCUGUCCUCAGCAGGGAGGGCUUUGGGGAGGGGGAAUGAUUAUUUUCAUCAUUAGCUUUGGGGAAACUUCAGCCUGCCCUGUCCCCUUUGUGUCUGAUCUUUUGCCAACUCAGACUCCUCCGUUUGGAGAGGAACAGAGUGGAAUGGGGUGCCUUUCUGGAGCUGGUAUCUCUAAGAAUGCUUCUUUAGUCUCUGGGCAGGGCUGCCAUGGGAGGGCAUCACCUCCAUCUUCCUUCACCAAAAUGACUUUCCAUACUAAAGGAAAGGGCUUUAGGGACCUUCAGUCCAUUUCCAUUUUACAGACCAGAAGACCCAGGCCCACCACGGGCAAAGCCACCCCGCAGUCACCUGUAUGUUUCUGGAUCCUGGAGGUGGGUCUCCUCCCACCAGGCUGAGCCAGAGCUAGGGCAGGAUGAACGGGGGCUUCUACUUCCCACUCUUCCUCUUCCCUCUCUUUGAAGGACCCUAAAAUAUGGCCAGGACAAGUUGUAGCCCAUCUGAAGCAUUAGGAAACAGGCCCAGCCAAGACCCCCUGGCCAGUAAUCCAUGGAGGCAGAGCAUGGGGCCCGUGUGCUUCCUCCCGUGCAGAAAAACAUUGUUCCAGGACAGCUCGGCCCUGGCCAGCACUUUUGGCCUCUAAUGCUUGGGUUACACAGCCUUGCUUGGUUCUCCUGGUCCAAUGUCUUUUCUAGGCUUGGGUUUGGGGACUGAGGCCUCUGUAGGUCCACCAAGCUGACCGAGGAGCACAGGAUUUAAUCUAGGGGCUCUGGACCAUAACCUCCACAGGACCGGCUGGGGGAGAGCAGUGAAGCAUCUGCUCCUGCCUGGGCCAAGGGGAUGAGGAGUGGGAGCCAUACGAAGCACCCUGCAUCCAGAGACAUCGUCCCCGAACUUCGGAUGCGACGAGCCCUGCUUUCUCAGUGCUUGUUUCGCAGUGCUUUCUCUUGGCGUGUGUCCUUUGAACCUCACAAGAGCUCCAGAUAGUGGGUGGAAAGGCUGGUGCUGUCAGCCCCAUUUUCAAGAGAGAGGCCAAGGUUCUGGGGGAGGAAGUUGCUUUUGAAAGUCCUGCCUGGUGUGAGUGGCUCAGCCAACACUAGCACUCACUUCUCCAGGAGUUUGGAGCUCUCUUCACCCCAGGAAUUUAAGUGGAUACUUGGGUUAUGCCCUUCACACGCUGAUGCACCAACCAGCUCCUUCACCCGGAGCGCUGGGCGUGCCCGUGUUCAGAAAGCACUGAGCCCACUCCCUCCAGAGGCACAGCUGCAUCAGGCAAGGUCACCUGCAUUUAUUUAUUGAGCAGCAGUGCUGUGCCAGACCCAGAGGACCAAGCCCCUGCCCGCCCCUCCAUCAGCUCCCUCUGCCCUCUGGGAGGCCUGUGUUCGCAGAGGCAGCAGCACGUCAAUGGGCAGAAAGCAUUCACAUCCAGGAGCUCACUGAAAGCCCCUAGGGCAGGUGGCCCUGCCCAUUUUACCCACAUGGCCAUGAGCAGAGUGGAGUCCGGAGCUAGGGUGUUGGUGUCCCCCUCCGAGCCCUUUCAUGCCAUGACUGCCUCCUGUGGAGUGGUUGUGGGAAGGUCCCUGGCUCCUUGAGCUGGAGGCCACCUCCUGUUCACCCACAUUCAUGCCCCCUCCCAGAGCAGGAGCCACUGGGCCUUUAGGGAGGGAGGGUUUCAGGGCCCCUGGGUUGGAGUGGGUCACGCUGCAUUGUGUUCAUGACCAUGUAGCUCAUGUUGUGUUCAUGACCAUGUAGCUCAAAUUAAAGUUUUUGGCUUUUCUAA